CACUCUACCGGACGACCUAUCACAUCUUCUUGAGGCAUCCGGUGGACACCAGAAGGGGAGGCGUCUGAGUAACCCGGUAGCUCUACUCAUAGUCGGUCCGAGCCGAACGCAAGAAGGAACGACGAUCCUGCAAGUGACUGAUCCGCAACUUAUCCACCCUCGAGCUUGGCGGCAAGUGAAGGGCUACAGCUCUUUUUUGAUUCAGAUCAAUACAUCCAUCAUUCUUUGAUCUGAUCUUGACUGGGUUCACUCUCAGUCUAGUCUAGUCCAGUCCGGACCGAGUCCGGUCGUCGCUCGCGUGACCAUCGCGGGGCAGCGUGUGGAAGUCGACAUCACAACACUUCUCUCCUUCGGACGCAAUCCUUUCAUUUCGUAUCAUACAAACCCCGCUGCCUCGACUUUUCUCAAUCCGACUCCGCCUUAUUUUUUGACACUGCCUUGGGAUGACAAGGUCAAAGACGACUUUACUCUCCCCCCUUCGCUUCCUAAGGUGAUCAACGACAGCAAGACGAAUCUAGCAAAAUGGGGUUUGAUCCUUUCGAAGUCAACGCCGCCCAUUUGGCAUACGCCUUCCUUGGUGCAUUUGUCGUCCUCUUUGGCAUGUGCUCACUGUUUGUGAAAGAAAAAUUGUACAUCGGUGAAGCUCCUAUCGCGACUUUGGUAGGAAUCAUCAUCGGUCCUCAUUGCCUAAAACUAUUCAAUCCGUAUGGCUGGGGAGGUCCUAAUGUGGAGACGACAGAUGAGAUCACUUUGGAGGUUACGAGGGUUGUCAUUGCCAUCUCUGUCUUCGCAGUCGGUGUUGAAUUGCCAAAAGCAUACAUGGCACGUCAUUGGCGUUCUCUCUUCUUCCUCCUCGGCCCAUGCAUGUUUUGGGGAUGGUUCGUCUCCGCCCUCCUCAUGUGGGGACUUAUCCCAGGUCUCGAACUUCUCUCAGCACUCGUCAUCGCUGCUUGUGUAACUCCCACCGAUCCCAUUCUUGCACAAGCAGUUGUAGGUGGCAAGUUUGCCGACAAACACGUGCCUGCGCAUAUUCGACACAUCUUGUCUGCGGAAUCAGGAAGCAACGAUGGAGCUGCGUUUCCAUUUCUCUUCAUCGCCAUUUACUUGUUGACCGAUGAAAAUACUGGAAAGGCGAUCGGACGAUGGUUUUAUACCGUACUGGCCUAUGAGAUUCUGCUUGGCACUGUCAUCGGAUCUCUGUUGGGUUUUGUUGCCAGAAAGGUUAUGAAAUUUGCGGAGAACAAGCGACUCAUCGAUAGACAAUCCUAUGUCGCUCAAUAUGUUAGCUUGGCAGUCAUGUCAAUAGGAAUAACAGUCCUGCUUGGUAGUGAUGACCUCCUAUCUGCUUUCGCAUGUGGUUGUGCGUUCGCAUGGGAUGGUUUUUUCAACAAAGCUACUGAAGAUGCUGUAUUUUCAAACGUUAUCGAUCUACUAUUCAACUGUGCCGCUUUCAUCUACAUCGGUGCUCUCAUCCCUUUUGGAGAGUUCAACAGUCCUGAUGUUCCUGUCUGGCGGUUGGUCGUUUUGACCAUUUUGAUCCUGAUCCUCCGUCGGUUACCCAUCGUGGUAGCUUUAUACAAGUUCAUUCCGGAUAUCAAAACGUUUCGGGAGGCUGUUUUCACCGGAUGGUUCGGUCCGAUGGGAGUUGGAGCUAUCUUCAUUUCUACCCUCGCGAACCUGAGUUUGCCAGAAGGUUCAACGGAUCAGAUCGAUUUCCUGAAACGGAUCAUACGACCCAUAGUGGCUUUCCUUGUCUUAUCAUCUGUCCUUACGCACGGCCUGUCUAUUCCCUUCUUCUCCCUCGGACGUCGAGUGCAUAGUAUCACCUACACUUGGUCUCGUCAACCUUCAAUGGAUGCAGGCAGGGAUGAGCCAGCUUGGACGACACAUGCUCGACGUAUUCUUCCCGGACAGGACAUUGUCAUUAACCGAGAUGAUGAUGCCGAGGAAGGAGACUUAGGUGUCAGACAUAAAGAUACGCCCAGUGAUGAUACUGCUGCUGAGUCGUUACAUGGGGAUGUGGAAAGUAGAGGGAGUGGUAGCUCCCAAGGGGAAUUCAUCCAAAUGCACGAUACCCAUCAUCAACAUCAUCCUCACACCGCGCAGAGAGGCGAAGAGGAGGAAGAUGUGGAAGUGGACGCUCGGGAUGCGGCGGGUGAAGAGAAGAUUGAUGAUCCUACUGGAGCUGGUCGUCGAACUCCUCCUUUGGCGGAAUAUAGAGAAGGAAACCAUCUGGUUGUUGAGAGAAGAGCGGGAUCUGGAGGAGAAGUCUCAGUGGAAGUCAUACGACACUAUUACGAUCAUCGUCGGCCAUCUCAAAGUUCUCGAUUCCUUCAUCCUCACAGAUUGAGAGAUAGGGAAAGAGAAAGGUUAAGAACAUGGUUACCAAAAGUGGAAGAAGAAUGGGAAAAAGCCAAAGAUGAAGGUCGGUCAGCAAUGGAUAAAAUACGACAAGCUAUAUCGCUCGAAAGUGAUACGGAAUUACCUCAUUCUUCUCAUUCCUCCCCUGAUAGAGGUGAUCCAGCAAAAGCUCCAAACGAUCCAAGAUCUUCUGAUGAAGAACGGCAUGAUAUUUUCCCCGAACUUGUUCGACCUGUCUCUCCCGAACAAAUGAACCAGGACGAAGAACCCGUUGAAGCAGGUCCAAGUCGAGCUAAUCGACCUCCUGUGAUACGUGUCAAUUCUGGUAAAAAGGGAUUACGUCGUUUUUUCGGUCUAGGUCAUUCAUCACCUUCUUCACAUCCUGGGAAAGUUGAGGAAGGUUUGGCACCACCUUCAGAUGCCACUCCUGGAUUCUUAACUCCACCUAGACUCACAGCCUCUCCGAGACCUAUAGGAUCAUCGGAUCUUCCUACACCUGUAGGAGAGGAUGGAAGGGAAGGUGUACCGCUCUCACGUACUAUCUCAGCGCCGAGGAAUACGUCGAUAAGGUUUGCACCGGAUGCUCAAGGAUCGAGUGAUACCGCACCGAGUUUUGGAAAUUAUGGGACGGGAGCACCGGGAUUUAAAAGGAAUCCAGCUUUGGCUAUGUAUAGAGCGUCUAGUGUUCAGAGUACGGAAGAACGUUGAAAUCUCUUGUCAUCUGACUUCAUCUGUUUGAUUUUGUUUGUGGGUUUUAUAGAAUUAUGCAUGAUCAUGAGCAUCU